AUGACAAAGCUUCACCCGUCUGACUCUGCGUAUCGAACAGUCAUAUCUGCUCUCUCAAAGUAUUGUCUCUCUGCACCAAAGAUUGUUGAAUACAGGUGGCAAGAAGCAAAAAAAUCUUUGAUUCGCAUGCGACAAAAUGAGGCUACAGAGCUUACUGUUCUGUCGGCUGAUAUCCCAGACAAAAUACCAUUUGCCACAGAAAACAAAAGAGCCACGAUCGACCAAUCUUUAGAAAACGAACAUUUCAACCCUCCGUGCACUGUUUCUAUUGACUUUACAGGCCAAGAGGAAGCGAUAAAAGCAAUUGAAGAGGCCUUCACUUCAGAGAAGCAGUCACUUUCAGCCAAACAGCAAAAGCGGUUCGUCAUCUAUGGAAUAGGUGGCUCAGGGAAGACCCAAAUAUCUGCCAAGUAUGCCCAAGUCAAUCGGCAAAGGUAUUGGGCAAUUUUCACCGUCGAUGCAUCUUCAACUCAAAAUGCAAAACAAUCAUUUUGCAGGAUCGGGCAAAUGGGCGGCCUCCAGGCCACCGAAGAAUCCGGAAAACACUUCCUUUCACAAAGCUCAAAGCCAUGGCUACUCAUCAUCGACAAUGCAGACAGGUCCGACAUGAGGUUUGGAAAUCUUAUAGUACCUGGGGAGAGAGGCCAUGUUAUCGUAACCACAAGAAACCCGAGUCUCCGAAGGCAAGGCAACGUCGAGACCACAGCAAACGAGAUUACCAAGACUUUAGGCUACCUAGCUCUCGCCGUCACCCAAGCGGGGAACUCAAUUUACAACAAAAUAUGCAGCCUGAAGGAGUACCUCGGGUUCUAUCGACACUUCCUGAGUAACCGAAAGAGAAAGAAUUCCGGGUCAAUUGCCGAUGAAAUUUGUGAGCGCGAUGCCGAAAAUGAUGAUAUCUACUCGGCAUUUGACACGUCCUUCCAAAACAUUGUGACCAGUAACACGACUCCCAGCCAGGAUGCAGUGGAAAUCCUCAACAUUGUGAGCUUCUAUCACUUUGAUCAUAUACGAGUGGACAUCUUUGAAAAAGGCAUGACACUCGAGCGAGGCUAUCUUCAACAAUCUUCAGUUGCUCCACUUCGAGUAAAGCUUUUAAAUGCUGUUCUCGGUCGCUUGAGGCCACCUCGGGCGCUUCCCAGAAUUCUUACACAAGAUCCGGAUGAUAUGCAUCCAUUGUGCAUCAGAGAGGCUCUCCGUGAGUUAUAUGCAUCUUCAUUGAUCACAUACGGGACCGAUGAACGAAGCUUUUCUUUACACCCUUUGGUGCACGCUUGGGCUCGAGACCGUAUUCCCCCCAAAGAGAGGAGUCUUUGGGCAAUGAUAUCUUUUCACACCUUGAUGUCAUCCAUUCCUCUGCCUCCCAUGGAGACCGGGGAUAUUGAUUCCAGCUUUCGCCGGAGUUUGAUUCCCCACCUCAAUGGGUGUCUAGAAGCCUGUCCAACGGAAUUCAAGGAGUUCGCGUCCCUAAAAUUUGGAAGCUAUCGCCGCCUCUUCCUACUGUUUCAGCCGACACUUGUGUUCUCGCUUCGUGAAAUGAUCCAAAAUGCUGCGAAAUGUGGUAUUUUGUAUGCCGAGGCAGGCGAAUUUUCGAAAUCGGCACACUACCUUUUCCUGGCGAAAGAAUCGCUAGUCCGUCUCUUAGGAUAUCACGACGCAAAAACAAUGGCAGCCAUGUUGGGAUUGGCAAGUGUUCUCUGGGGCCUAGGGCGCUUAAAAGAGGCCAUAGCUUUGCAAGGGAAAGUCGUACAGUCGCGAAGUGAAGUUUUCGGUCCACACCAUCGCGAGACUUUGCUGGCUAUGGACUCGCUUGGUCAGUCCUUCUGGCUCAACGGACAAUAUUGCGAAGCUCUUCAACUCCAGCUACAGACUGCAGAAAGCAUGCGAACGUAUCUUGGCGAAGAGGAUAACGACACUCUUAUGGCACUCGACCACUUAGGUGUGACCUUAUGCGCUUGGCGACGAUAUGCAGAGAGCGGAGACAUCCAUCGGAAAGUGUUAGAAAUCAGAACGAGAUCUCUACCCAACAGUGACUUGUUGAUUCUUGAAGCAAAGAAUAAUCUCGCAAUGACCCUUCUUGAUCUUAAACAAUUUGCUGAGGCAAGAACGUUGAUGGAAGAGGUCUAUAAUGGCCGCAAGGAGCAGAUUGGCAAAGAACAUCCUUAUACGCUGUGGGCGCUUUGCUAUCUGGCGAAGAUUCAUAUCGAAGAGGGGAAUCCACAUAUAGCCGAACCUAUUUUGAUUGACGGAAUCGCCGCUGGCAAGCGGAGCCUAGGUGAGGAUCACCUAGGGGUCUUGAUGGGUUGCGGAGAGCUUGCUCGAUCUUAUUCUCGUCAAGGUCGUCUUGAAGAAGCUGUGGAAUUGACCCUGCAAACCGUAGGUAAGGUGAAGAUUUCUCGAGGGGCCGACCACCCUGAUUAUGCUACUGGAAUGUGGAGCUUAGGUGUGUUAUGGGAGAAGAAGCGUGAGAAAAUCAAAGCAAUCGAUGCAUAUCAAAUCGCCUUGGAAUCUGCAGAAAAACGGUUGACCGCAGAGCAUCCACUCUACAAGGACAUUUCGGAUCGCAUCAUGUUCUUGACGGAGGGUUUUCUCGAAGAUGAAUACGAAGAGAGCGAUUCAGCCAAUGUCGUAGGCACAUCUGGAUUUGAAGGGCUGCAGAUAAAGUUAUUACAGUCUACCCAUGGAUACAGCCCAGAUGCAAAGGCCACGCCGAAGAAUCUUUCAACAAUGGAUGGGUACUGA